AUGCCUCCUCAAUGCAAGAACAAUUCUCGGGUUGCUGCCAGAGCCAUUGGUGCUACUCCCAUUGCUACACCUGUUUCUCCUAUCCCUGUCGCUGCUCCUGUUGCACCUGUUCCUGUUGCUCCCACUUCCGCUGUUGCUCCCGUCGCUGCUGCAGUGAAUGCAACUAUCCUUCGUAAUCCUCGAAGGCACCAUCAGCUUCCUCUCAGAUUUAGGCAGGACGAUGGAGAUAAAGGGGAAUUCUUCAACCUUGAGAAUGUCUCUGGGGAUGAAGAAGAUGAAGUGGUCGUCUCACCUGCACCCACAGUUAGACCUGCUGCAAGCCAUAGCCCACUGCAGACCACUAUGAAUACGGUGAAGGUUCAACGAUACAGCGAGGCACGAACAAUGCUCCUGACUGUAUCUAUAAUUGUUGUAAGGUCGCGCGUUGCCUAG